AUGGAAGAAGAAAACACCUCUCAGAGUGGGGAGAAACCACACACAGAACAUGUGUGUGGUUGCAGCUUCAGCCAAUCAUCUGGCCUGUCCAAACACAAGCGCAGUCAUGUCAGGGAGAAGAUGUGUAAAUGUGGGGACUGUGGGAGGGCAUUUAAUUUCCCCUGUGAGUUGGAAAUUCAUCAGUGCCAUCACACAGGGGAGAGGCUGUUCCUGUGCUGUGUGUGUGAGAAGGGCUUCACUCGGCACACUUGCUGCAACACCAGCGGGUUCAUAGUGGGGAGAGGCCGUUUACUUGUUCUGUUUCAAUCAUGUGAACUCACUCUACAUCAACGCAAUCACACUGAAGACAAGCCAUUCACCUCCUCCAUGUAUCAGAAGAAGUUCACUCAAUCAUCUCAUCUUCGUUCACACCAGCGAGUUCACACUGGGGAGAGACCACAUGCCUGCUGCAAGUGUGAGAAGAAAUUUGCUCAUUCAUCCCAUCUGGUGAGACACCAGCGAUAUCACAAGUAG